CAAUCUGAAUGCUGUGACGAGGAGAGGCAGGAUCCCAAUAUUUAACACACAGGGCACUGAUACAUCUACACCUGUCACUGACUGCUCCUCAUGAAGAACUAAUGCACUUUAUCUCCCUCCUCACAUGCUGAAGAUAUCCACACAUGGGACUGCCGAUCCGACAUCCGUGCGGCUCUUGAGAAGUCAGAGGCGAUUUCCUCGUGUUUUGUCAUUAUUUACCGGGACAUUUUACAGAUGCGCAUUAUCAUGAACCUGUAAGGAUGCGACAGGACAUCUGAACCUCACCUAAAAUCAAAAUCGCGCUACUCGCAACUAUGCCGAAAAGAAAUCGUUCUUGAUACAUCUGGGAACCGCAGGAUGCAGAAGAAGAUUUUCGCACCUAUUUGAACAUGGAUCUCCCAUCAUAACGCGGAUUACAGUAGGACACCACAUGCGCCCCUGAAUCUUUUUAUUAUAGCCUGUAUCAUAUUGUGGCAAGUGCUUUAGGUAUAAAGAUGAUCCUAUUUCGUAAAUUUCGCGUGUUGAUUUUAAUGGUGUUUCUCGUCGCCUGCACCAUGCACAUCAUGAUAGACCUGUUACCCAAGCUGGAGAAGCGCGCGGCGGGAUCGAGCUCCAGCGCUGGAGGUGGAGGCGGCUGCUCCUGCGCUCACACACCGGGCGAGGAGCCUCGAUCCUGGGCCAAACAGCGCGCCAGAGCCGCCGCCGCCGAACCGGGCUGGCCUAAUAAACACUCUUUGAGACUACUGCAGGAUUUCAGCAAUGAACCCAACUCCAACCUCACUUCGCACUCGCGGGAGAAGGUGACAGAGAGAGCCGAGUCUGAAAAGAGAGCGAGACAGCUGCAGCUGGGCUCGGAGAAGAGGGUUUUGAUGAGAGAUACGGUGAGCGGACAGAAGCAGAGAGCUGUCCAGGGUUCCUCCAGACUGAAGGCGCUCUAUGAGCAUCCCCUCUAUAAGACCGACCUGCCUCAUCUCUCUGAAGAUGACACCUUGUUCAACCUCAACAAUGAUAUCAGAUUCUACCCCAAAGCUGCCGGACAACAAGAAUGGCAUAACGAGGGGAACGUGGAGGAGGAGGAGUACAGUCCAACAGGGGAGGCCACUGCUGAGUCAUAUCCCAACUGGCUCCGCUUCCACAUCGGAAUUAACCGACACGAGCUCUACUCCAGACACAACCCCGUCAUCGGCGCCCUGCUGAAAGACCUGGUCUCCCAGAAGAUCACCAGCGUAGCUAUGAAGUCAGGUGGCACUCAGCUGAAGCUCAUCAUGUCAUUCCAGAACUAUGGACAAGCACUGUUCAAACCUAUGAAACAAACCAGGGAACAAGAAACACCCCCAGACUUCUUCUACUUCUCUGACUUUGAGCGACACAACGCAGAGAUCGCUGCAUUUCAUCUGGACAGAAUCCUGGAUUUCCGGAGAGUUCCCCCGGUGGCCGGCAGGCUGGUGAACAUGACACGGGAGAUCCGAGACGUGACCCGUGACAAAAAGCUCUGGCGGACAUUCUUCGUAUCCCCAGCCAACAACAUCUGCUUCUAUGGCGAGUGCUCCUACUACUGCUCCACAGAACAUGCCCUAUGUGGGAAGCCCGACCAGAUCGAGGGCUCCCUGGCUGCAUUUCUUCCUGACUUGGCACUAGCUAAGCGCAAGACCUGGAGGAACCCCUGGCGCCGCUCCUACCACAAACGCAAGAAAGCUGAGUGGGAAGUGGAUCCGGACUAUUGUGAUGAAGUCAAACAGACUCCUCCGUAUGACCGAGGCACACGACUUCUGGACAUCAUGGACAUGACUAUUUUUGACUUUCUAAUGGGCAACAUGGAUCGCCACCAUUACGAGACUUUUGAGAAGUUUGGAAAUGAGACUUUCAUUAUUCAUUUGGACAACGGCAGAGGAUUUGGAAAGCAUUCACACGAUGAAAUGUCCAUCCUGGUCCCUUUGACUCAGUGCUGCAGAGUGAAGAGGUCGACGUAUCUGCGGCUACAGCUGUUGGCUAAAGAGGAGUUCAAGCUGAGCUCUCUGAUGGAGGAAUCGCUACUGCAGGACCAGUUGGCACCCAUCCUCAUCCAGCCCCACCUGGAGGCCAUGAACCGCCGCCUGCGCCUGGUGCUCACGGUGCUGGCCGACUGCGUGGAGAAAGAAGGCUUCCCAUCAGUGGUGGAGAACGACCUGGACGGACAGCCCUCCUCGCACCACCAUCAGGCGCACGGAGGGAGGUAGUGAGGCCUGAACCUCGGUUCCCGCCAGUCAGUCCCCCACCAUGAGCCCCACCGAGGCUUGUGCUCGAGUCACACUCUGAAUUCAGUGAAUUCCACGACUAGCCACCAAUGCCUCUGAGGAGCCACCCUAUUGUGUGUGUAGAAGCGGAACUCUGGGACGAAGAUGUCGUUUCUGGAUGGCCGAGGCUUGUGUUUGAGCUGCACUACAUACUUUUCUGUUGCAUCCUGAUUUGUUUGACAAGUCUGCUGAUAUAAUUACAUUUGCAUAUUUCAAGUUGGCGAGUGUACAGACGAGUUGGAACCAAAAGCUGAAAGAGAUGAUUUGGGUACUCAGAUCUAUAUAUUCAAACACAACUGUGCUCAUGUAGGUCUUCGACAUAAGGGCACGUAAACGAGCUUUAAUGAUAGUACUGCAGUGCAGUACUACUGUGCAAGGACACUUAAACGCAUCCUUCCCUGUGCGUUCACAAUUCGACAUCAUUUCCUGCCAUCUGAACCAAGCCAUCGUUUCAAUUGCACAUUGUGCCAUCAAGCCUUCAAUCAUCGUGUCAGUUUGUUAUUUCACUUAAGGUGAAGUGCGCGCUUCAUUUGAGGUUAUUCAGUGGUGAAGGAGAGAAUCACGCUGAUUGGUUCUUCAGGCGUCCUGUGCCCGCAGUCAGUGUUUCCCAUCUCAGGCCUCAUGCUGAAUACACCUGCUCUCUCUUAAUGAGAACCUUAAGGACGAGCUGAUGCUAUGCUAGCAGAAGUUCAUAAUGAUGUUAGUCGUACUUCACGCUGCAGGUAUCUCGAGUCUCAUCUGGUGGAGUGAUUUCAGUGCUUGAUUAUAGAGUAGGGCACAGGCUCGAGGGAAUGAAACAAACCAAUCAGUCCUAACCAGGAGGCAACAAACCGAUAAGUCCUUUCAUGUUAAAAUAAGUUUUUGUCCUAACCAGGUGACAAGCAAUGGCCAACGAGACCAGGGGAGUCCAAACUUGCUCCUCCAACGUACUACAAAACACCUGCCUGGAUGUUUCUAGCAGGCCUAAAGAGCUUGAUUAGCUGGUUCAGGUGAGUUUAUUUAGGGUUGGAGCUAAACUCUGCAGGACAGUGGCCCUCCAGGAGCAGGAUUGGACACCUCUGGACAAGACAUUUUGGUUGGUUUCUAUUUCUUUUCUGAGUCUAUUUUUUUUUUUUGUUGUGCUAACGGUGAACUCUGACUGGUCUGAAAUCCUGCUUCACAUAUUUGUGUGUAUUAUGCUGCGUUCCAUUCAGUCAGACGUGGGAUCUGAUCUCUCAUCCGUUUCAUUGCUCCGUGUUCAGAGCAUGACAUAGCAAACCAAAUGCUCCUGCCGGUGUUUCGUGGUCUAUGAAAAUGUGUCCUAGAAAUCAGUUUGGGGAGGUUACAUAAUGGUAUUUAGUGCAAGCAUUUGUUGUUCUGUGAUUAUUAACUGAGAGGAUCAAUCACAGUGUUUUACACCCCCUGUUUCUCUGGUUUUAUUAUCAUGAAAUAUGGGAACGUGGACUGCUCUGCUCUGAUCUGAUCUGUCUUAUCAUAAUAAAGGCAGAAAUGCCAAAAAUAAAUCUUUUAAAAAAUGUUUUGAGGGAAUAUCACAUUUUCUUACUUUUUUCUUAGGUUAUAAAGUAGAAUGAAAAUAACAGUUAAGAAGAACACUACUCUUAAGAAUCAUUCGUGAAUCCAGCACUGAUUAGCAAAUUACUCGCCUGUGGAAAGUGGUUAUAGGACAUGGUAUAAUGCUGAUAGAUCGUUUUAUAAUAGGACAUCGUUUCAUUCCUACUGUUUUGUUUUGUUUUUCAGCGUUACUCACAUAUACUGACCUUUCAACAAAAGUUAUUAUUCCAUUGCUCUACAUAAAACAUGUUUUCAGCUCUCACUUAUUUUGUGUUGUGUAAACCAUGGCCAAAAAAGGCAAAAGAGUGCCUUUUAUCUUUGUGGUGAUUGCCACUUUCUCGUUCAUUCACUCAUAUUCACGCCAUCGCAUUUUAAAGAAGUUUUAGUUGGCCUCUAAAUUAACCUUUUGGAAGUAGUUGUGUGUUGUAUUUUAAAAGCUCAAAAUGCUAUUUAUUAAGAAAGAGUACAUUUGUGAGGAAAUCGUGUUGGGUUUUAGGUCUUAUUUUGCAUUUGAGAUUUUUUUUGUGUGUGUGUGCUUUAAAAAGAAGUCCCUGUUCCUCACAGACAUUGUAAAGAUGAUUUGAUAGUCUGACUGCUCUGUGUAAAGUGAGGGGCCACAUGUAGUGUUUUGUGUUUAACCCCAGUGCCUGUGCAAUGCUCAAGAAACUUGAAUGUUUUGGGAUUAUUCACAAACGGACCUUUUAGUAGCCCAUGGCCUGGACUCAAAGGUGUUUGGUUUUUUUUAGUUGGCAGUAAGUAAUUAUGAGAUGGUCAAGGCUUCUAUUAGCCAAACAGACUUAAAAAUGUUCCCAAUACUCUCAGUUUUUCUGUACAUAUCUGUAAAUAUGAUACGUUGAUCCAAGAGGCUGUUUUCGGAGCAAAAAAAAAGCUUCAGUUUUCUUUUCCUCUCUUCAGCAUUGUUACUGUGAAGAUCUGUUUGCAAAAUGAUAAAA